UUAUAUAAAAUUUUUCCUUUCCAUUGGAUAUAGCCAGAUGACUGUCCUUCCGUCUUUUAACGUGCUAAUCUUCUGUUCUCUUAUUAAAGAAAAAUACCAAAAUGUGUUCCUUGGAGAAGAAAGGCAACAUCUUCGUUCUAACCCUAACCGGGUCGGGUGAACACAGGCUGAACCCGACCCUUGUCGAUUCAAUCCGAUCCGCUCUACGCCAAAUCCGAGCUCAGUCUUCUUCUUCUUCGGUCCUAAUCACAACGGCUCAAGGCAAGUUUUUUUCCAACGGCUACGAUCUCAAGUGGGCCCAGUCUUCCCAUUCUCGUUUGCAUCUCAUGGACGCCAAAUUUAGGUCGAUCGUAGCCGAUCUCAUCUCCCUCCCAAUGCCGACUAUCGCCGCCGUCACCGGCCACGCCUCCGGCGCCGGCUUCAUCCUAGCUCUCAGCCACGACUACGUCCUCAUGAAAAGGCAUAGGGGUUUCCUCUACAUGAGCGAGCUCGAUAAUCAGCUUGUUAUUUCGGCUUGGUUUAUGGCUCUCAUCAAGUGCAAAAUCGGCGCGCCGACGAGCCGCAGAGAUGUGGUGCUGAGAGCCGAUAAGGUGACGGCUGAUGAAGCCGUGAAGACGGGGAUUAUCGACUCGGCGUAUGAUAGCGCAGAGCAGACGGUUGAAGCUGCCGUUGGAUUGGGGAAGAAAUUGGUUGGGAGGAAGUGGAAAGGUGACGUGUACGCUCAGAUUCGAAUGGAAGUCUUGUCGGAUGUACUCGAUGAGAUUCAUAUCGGCAACACUGGAUCAAAGCUCUAA